GCCACAUCAUAGCAAUGGCGGACCGAAGUAGCAGGAAUUCCGCGUCCUUGUAUUUCCAAUCCGGUGCCCAUAGGGAGCCGUUGCUGAGCGACCAGCGGAGAUCCCAGAAGUCUGCUAACCAGCUGUUGGCUGCUUUUUUUUCCCGCUCUCGUCAGAUCCAGCUGUUUUGGUCGGAAGACAAAACAGACUGGGACAGACCCGGGAGAAACCAAACUGACUGCUUUGAUGCUUGAAGUUGGACGUCUGCCGCGUAUUGACACCUCGAGGAUUAGACAUAGGGAACACUCCAAGUGAAGGGUUCCACAGUAACAGACAUAUGGAUUUGUUUCGGGUUUUGAAUUUGGACGAACUGUCCCAUGGACUGGCUGGUCUGUCCAUGUUUCCGUACUUUGACACGGCGCACUAUACUGUGUCAGUGAUGGCUCUUCGAGAACAGCCAGGAGCCCUGGAGGUGGCGAGGAGGAGCCCGUUUGCCUGCUGGUUCAGUUCUAUGCUCUACUGCUUCGGAGGGGGAAUUCUCUCUGGUCUCAUGAUGGCUGAGGCCCCCAUAGCCCCUCUGUCCAACAGCAUCAACGUCCUCAUGGCCUCAGUCAUCUGUCUAUGUGUCUUAUAUUCUAGGUACCUGGUGUUCUACUGCCCCCAGGACAUGGUGUACUCCUGUACUGCCCUCUUCCCUGUGCGUCUGGUGCUGACGGGCAUGAAGGAGGUGACCCGCACAUGGAAAGUCCUGGGGGGCGUGGCUGAGGCACACAGCAAGUACAAGGAUGGACUGCUGGUGAUGAUCGCUAUAGGAUGGGCUAAAGGUGCUGGAGGAGGUCUGAUCAGUAAUUUUGAACAGCUGGUCAGAGGAGUCUGGAAGCCAGAAACCAAUGAGCUUCUCAAGAUGACCUACCCUACUAAGAUCACCCUGAUAGGAGCAGUGCUGUUCGCCCUGCAGCAGACCCAGUACCUGGCCAUCCAGAAGCACCACCUCAUGCUGCUGUACACCGUCUUCACUGUUGUCAACAAAACAAGUAUGACGCUGACCGGCUCCUCCUCUUCGCCCUUCGCUCCCAUCGAGUCUGUUGUGCACCGCACGUUCUUUGCCGGGCCGUCGCCAUCCUUCACCUCUGAGACCAAGACCUCUGUAGUGAAGAAGGGCACCGGUGAGAGUUUGGACAGAGCAGCGGUCCCUGAGACCUCCAAGGCCCCAGGGUCCUCGUCCAAGACUGCAGCACACAACAGGGGAAAGGGCUCACCAAAGAAGGCCAAAGUGCAGUCGGAGAGCACUGAGACAGAGAGCUGCAAGAAGAGUGACUAGAGCCCUUAUACUGCAUUGUACUGUAUAUAAAUAGAAUCUAUAGACCGGACAGUUGUUUAGCACACUGCAAUUUCACUGGUAAAGCCAUGGGUGCACUUAAUGGGGCUGUCCAUUCUAUAAAUUAUAUUUAUAUUCUGUACGGCCCUUCUUACCCUGGCUAGGACAAUCUAUUCUCUGUGUCCUGUGGCACUGUCAUCCUGUGAUAGGUCCCAAUUUGCUACCACACCUUUUUUUGUCCUAACCCUUUGAUGUUUGUAGAUCUGUAAGGUGGAAGCAAUAUGGUAGAAGCUUCACCACUACACUGCUUAUGUUCAUUGUAUACCUGUCCAGAACCUUCAGAUCUUCAAAUAUUGAACGGUUAUGGGUGAGCGGGAGGAGUAGGAAGCAAAUUGUGUCUGUCUGUCUCACUCCAGAAUGAGAGCAAUAGAAUAUGUGCUGAUUUUAAUAUAUUAUACAGUAAUGUAGCUUUAUAAUCCUUUUCUAAUUCUGCGAUGAUGCAUCCUGUUUUCUACGGAGUUUUGGUGAAAAAUACUGUCCCUGAUGCUGAUCAGCCACUAUUUAUCUGUAUAUUAAUAAUAAUAUAUUCUGUUUUAUGUACCCGUACAUUUCCUACUAUGAAAUGUUUUAAGAUUUUACAUGACAAUUUAUAUAAUUAUUACUCAGGUCUUCUAUUAUAUUUAUGCUUAAGAAAAUGCACUUGAAUGCAGGAAUGUCUAAAUGGAAUGCUUUUUGCUGCAAACACUGCCUCUUGUGAAUACUUUCAUUCUAUUGUAAAGGAAAUGUUCACUUGCACUUUAA